AUGGGCUGUGUUAGGAACAAGAUAGUCAAGAGGGCAGCGCGAACGAUUGCAGAAAAGUAUUUCCAGAGGCUUGACAACACGUUUGACCAUAAUCUGCUUGUGGUGCAAGACGUGGCUGUUGUGCAGUCGAAGAAGCUGAAGAAUGAGAUUGCAGGAUAUCUCACGUCCCUUUACAAGAAGAUUUUGAAGGGAACGUACAACAAGGUCUACAUCAAGAGCCACGAAGAAGAGAGAGAAAGGAAGGAGAAUGUGAUUCCAAAGGAGUCGAUUCUUGAUGUCGAUAGUGUCGAGGUUGAUAAUGUGACGAUGGAGAUGAUAAAGAGGUACGGAUACGAGGGGAACUUCAAGAUUUAUGGGGUGUGA